ACAUAUCAGUUCUCUACCUUCAAAGUUUCAGAUUUAUUAGAUCCAUCUUCUCUCAAAACAGAUGGAAGAUAUAUCCACCUUUCUUGCAAAAAACAGGUAUGCGGUGGUGACCGAGGCAAACAAGGGGAUUGGACUGGGAAUAUAAAGCAGUUAGCUUCCAAAGGGGUGACUGUUGUUUUGACUGCUAGAGAUGAGAAAAGGGGCAUUGAAGCUGUAGAAAAGCUCAGAGAAUCUGGUCUCUCUGACUUUAUCCUUUUUCGUCAACUUGAUGUUGCAGAUCCCGCCAGUAUUGCGUCUCUGGCAGAUUUCAUCAAAUCCCAGUUUGGAAAGCUUGAUAUCUUGGUGAACAAUGCAGGAAUUCGUGGUGCCAUAGCAAAUGAUGAUGCUAUAGAAGCUUCAGAUUUUGGAAAUUAAGCCUGGUGCACAAGUCAACUGGACUCAGAUGCUUACUCAAACACGAGUUAGCUGAAGAGGGCCUCAAGACAAACUACCAUGGUGCCAAAAGAAUGUGUGAAGCACUAAUUUCCCUCCUCCAGUUAUCCGAUUCUCCAGGAAUUGUGUAUGUUUCUUCCUCUGCAGGAAAGUUAGAGUAUGUAUCAAAUGAAUGGGCGAAAGCAGUCUUAGGUGAUGUUGAAAACCUUACUGAAGAGAGAGUGGAUGGGGUAUUGAGCCAAUACUUGAAAGAUUAUAAAGAGGGUUCAUGGGAAACCAAAGGCUGGCCUGCUUAUUUGUCUGCCUAUAAACUCUCAAAAGCUGCCAUGAAUGCGGACACAAGGAUUCUGGCCAAGAAGUACCCAGGCAUCUGCAUCAAUUGUGUCUGCCCUGGAUAUGUCAAAACUGAUAUAAACUAUUAUACAGGAAUCUGAGUGUUGAAGAAGGUGCUGAAGGUCCAGUUAGAUUGGCUUUGCUGCUCCAUGGUGGCCCAUCCGGUCUCCUCUUCGAGCAAUUGGAGGAAGAAGAAUUCUGAUGAGAUUGUGGGAAAGUUGAUGUUUUUCCUGUGUUUGUAGCUUGCGAUCCAUCUCAAAUCUCAAAUCAAAUUUCAAAAGUACAUUAAUAGUAUGAUGUUGAUCCAGAGAAUAAUUAGUCUGUGAUUAU